UGGUCUAUUAGAUGACUUUUGCUUACAGUUGAAAUUAUCAUCUAAACAGAUUUUAGCUUUUGCUUUCAUUUUAAAGAACAUUGGCAAUUUCUUGUUUCAUGCAGAGUUCCAUUUUGAUUCUUUAAUCUCAGCUUUCUUGAAAUGAUGGGUUUGUUUGGAUGAUUCUUUUGGGAUUUGGGUUUCGAAGGUUUUCCUCAAUGGAGUUUUGCAUUUGCAUGUGACAGAUUACAACUGAUUGGUCCUCUGUUCUUAUUUUAUUUCCUACGAGAAAGUGCGUGUUUGUUUGCUCUGCGUGUGUUUGUGAAUGAUGCAAAAGUUUCUUUUUUUUGGCUUCUUUGGAAGGUUCUCGUUUUGGGUUCAUGCAGUUUCAAGAUAAACUUGGGGCUCGGCUAGUAGAGCUAGUUGUUAUUUCAAAACUUUUGAAGCUGAGAAUUUGAAUGAGUUUCAUGUUGAAUGGGGAUACAUACAAUGGGAUCCCAAGGUGAUGGUAGUAGUAAUGGAAAGCAGUCUCAGUUCCAGCCAUUGACGCGACAAAACUCUAUGUAUAGUCUAACUCUGGAUGAGGUUCAAACUCAUUUGGGUGACCUUGGGAAACCUUUGAGUAGUAUGAACCUUGAUGAACUUCUCAAGAAUGUAUGGACAGUUGAAGCUAACCAGCCAGUGAAUGUGGAAGUUGAGGGAACACAAUUGGCCAAUCAAACUGCUCUGCAGCGUCAGGCUAGUUUGUCAUUAACUAGUGCUCUGAGUAAGAAGACGGUUGAUGAAGUAUGGAGAGACAUUCAACAAAGUAAAGAAAAUGGGGAAAAUAAGUCUAGGGAACGACAACCUACUUUAGGAGAGAUGACUUUGGAGGAUUUUUUGGUUAAAGCAGGGGUUGUUGCUGAAGCAUCCAUGGACAAAAAGGAUGGUGGUCCUAUUGUGGGGGUUGAUACAAGUAUAGGACCUCAGUUCCCACAACAAGGGCAAUGGAUGCAAUACCCGCAUCCACAGUAUCAGCAUCCUCAACAGAGUAUGAUGGGGGUUUAUAUGCCAUCACAGCCACUUCAUGUUGGGGCUCCUGCUGUAAUGGAUGUUCCAUACCCUGAGAACCAGCUACACUUACCUUCACCUUUGAUGGGAACAUUAUCAGAUGUACAGACACCAGCAAGGAAAAGAGGAACACCUGAAGGUAUGAUCGAGAAGACAGUUGAGAGAAGGCAGAAAAGGAUGAUAAAGAAUCGGGAAUCUGCUGCUCGUUCACGUGCACGGAAGCAGGCUUACACAAAUGAGCUUGAGAAUAAAGUUUCUCGCCUGGAAGAGGAAAAUGAACGGCUAAGGAAACGGAAGGAGCUGGAAAAGAUGUUGCCAAGCAUCCCCCUUCCUGAACCAAAAUAUCAGCUCCGGAGAACGACAUCAGCCCCAUUCUAACAUCUAUUUGUAUGUGGAAGUUUUGUAGAUCUUUCUGGUUUGUGCUUUAAAAUUUACUUUCAAGAGGGGAAAAAAAGAAGAAAAAAAAGAAGAUAAGCAAGGACUACAUUCAGUAUCAGCUGUUGCUUGUGCUUCUGGCUGUUUACUUCUCUCUAUGAUGGGGUAUUCCUUGUAUCUACUCUGAAAGAAAUUUGGUUAGAGUUCUUAUGGUACAUUUUGUAAUUUUCGAUAUUGGAUGCAGCUAAAUUGUGUAGUUUCAGUUCUUUUACAGAUGGUCUGUAUAAAUGUUAGUUCCUUCUCUUGGCUGCCAUGCCAUCAAGUGUUAGCUCAGUUAUUUUCUGCUAUCAGAAAACUAAUUAUGUGCUCUUUGUUCAGGUUUGAGUGCUGACUGGUGAUUUUACUUUACUGAUUCUGUAUUUGCAUUGUGUUUGUAACUUGACAUUGUAAAUUUUAUGCUUGAGAAGUAAAUCAAACGAUGAAACAAAUUUGUCAGAA